AAUCUGGUCUAAUGCUGGGGCGGGUUUUGGGUGUGCUUUGUAAAAUAAUCUGUGUUUUGAAGAGGAUUAAUAGAAGAAUGUUUUUCUGAUAUUUACGUCUUCACAGAACACAGUGACAUCUUGUGGCAUGGGAAGGGCUGGUGUCUUUUUUUUCCAAAUGCAUCCUCAUUUUAGCAGGUUUAUAGAUAAAAGUCUAAACAAAUUCUGGACAACUGCUAAUGCAUUACUUCCAUCUGUAAUAUUCACUCUUUCCAAAGUUUUUUUUUAGUACAGGUUUGUCUAAAGUACUCUUUUAAAAAGACCGAGCUUUGGUAUUGUAAAUGUAGUGUGUUGGAGCUUCACUGAUUGCAGUUCACCGAUAUUCCUUGGAAAACUUUCAGCUCCAGGAAUGCUCCUGUUCCAGCCUCACUGGUACAAGAAUCUGAGUCAGCAUUUCAGGUGCUUUACUCAAGUUAGUGUGUUAUCACAAAUGGACAGUUAUCCAAUGUUGCUUUUGAGGGGAUUGAAAAGAAAACACAGUAACAUUUUAUCAUAAAUUGGAGACUUCCUUUUUUUCCUUUUUUGUCUUUUUGCAGCUCAAACAGGGUUUAGCCCUGUCCCUGAUAUUUUGGGACCCUCCUCUGACAUGGCAGCCCUUUUCAAGCUGAUCCUUGGAUAAGAUCCUGGUUAUCAGCAUGAAGGGAAGAGCUGCCUGCGGUGCGCGGGAAGCGGCCGAGGCGCAGCAGGCGCGUCCCUGUGACCGAUACAAGCACGCCUGUGCUGUUUGCAGAGGCUUUGUUUAUCUCUACGGAGGGCACGGCAGCACCACGCUGAGAGACUUCUGGAGGUACCACACAGUGAAAAAUGAAUGGGAAAUGUUGGAUUGCUCAAGAGAUGGUCCAGAAGAACUGGAAGAACAUUCAAUGGUGGCUUAUAAGGGCAGCCUGUAUAUUUUUGGUGGGAUGGUGGAUUCUGCUUUCACACAAGCAAAAACUCCUCUCUGGAUAUAUGACACUGAUUCCGCAAGAUGGACAGAGAGCUGCAACGAACCAGCAGAGACGGAGAGCUCUGCACCAGCUAACAGAAAAGGACACAGUGCAGUCGUGUACCAUUCCAGUAUGUACAUCUAUGGGGGAUACUUUGGCAUCAAAGGCAUUUCUCAGGAGUUUUGGGAAUUCCAUUUUGGUACAAGGAAGUGGCUGUGUGUCUCCAGCUCCUGUCACAGCAGUGGUCCCGGAGCGCGGCACGGCCACUCGGCAGUGGUUUAUCACACAGCCAUGUACCUCUUUGGGGGGCUGAUGGGGCUCACUGAACAGAGGGACUUGUGGAGGUGGGAUUUUGGAAGUAGCAGCUGGUCCAGCAUCAGAACAAGCCAAGGACCUCCUCCAGUGGUAGGUCACGCUUCAAUAGUCUGCAAAGACUCUAUGCUGAUUUUUGGUGGAGGGAUUUCAAAUUCCAGCCCUAAUGAUGACCUCUGGAAGUAUCAUUUCCAUACGCAGACAUGGAAGAAGCUUAGUAGUACUACAAAGGGAAACUUUUCUCCUAAAAUGUAUCACUGCAUCUUAGGAAUUGGUACAGAUUUCCAAACUACCUCAGAUUUCACUGAUACAUUCCCCAGCCACUGCAAGAGUGAGCAGAAGGACCGUGCCCAGCUGGUGCCCAUCCCGAGGCACUCCGGCUUUUGCAGCUUCUUCCGCCCACAGCCCACAGAGCGGAGCAACGCCAUUGAAAUGAAAACCUUCAGCCUGCCCCUGGAGCCAGCAGAAUUCCCUGCCUUCCAGACCACUUCAGAGGCAGGACUAGGCCCAAAGAGAGACAGGAGCUGUUUGUCCAAGGACAAGUCUCUCCAUCUGUUGGCCUGUUCGGGAGAAGCUUUUGCUUCUGCUCAGGCUGUGGGUGAAGAGGAGAGACCUGACUGUGGGUGUGUGGCCACGGGGGGUGAGAUCAGCAGUACCAACACACUGCUGCUCAUUGGGGGCAAACCUUUGUCCAGCUUCUCCGAGAUCUCCUUCAGGGAAAUGGAGUUUGAUUGCUUGUGA